AUGGCAACUGACGAUAAAUACGACAGAUAAGUCAGACUUUGGGGAAGACAUGGCUAAAAAUUGUUGAGUACUUCCAAAGUUCUUUUGCUUGGAGCAAAUGCUUCUGGAACUGAAACUCUCAAAAACUUGGUUUUACCAGGUGUUGGUUCUAUUACCAUUGUAGAUGGAGGGCUAGUAUCAGAGAGAGACUGUGGCACCAACUUCUUUGUUACUGAAGAUACUAUUGGUCAAUCAAAAGCUCAUGUGAUGACCUAGAAUCUUUUAGAAUUGAAUCCAGAUGUUUCUGGCGAUCAUAUUUAGCACGAUGUAGAUAAUUUCGUGUCUACUCAAGCAGAUCUGAUAAAAAAUUACAAUUUAGUGAUUGCCACAGAAGUGAAUCUGUUAAGCAAGAUAGCUUAACAAUGUGGAGUCUCACUUAUUAUAAUCAGACAAUAUGGAUUGAUUGGAUAUAUAAGAAACUAUAAAAAGGAAAGUACAGUAGUUGAGUCUAAGCCAUCUGAUGUUAUUGUUGAUGAUCUUAGAAUCUCGAAUCCAUUCCAUGAGCUUAAAGAAUAUGCACUUUCAAUCAACUACGAUGAUUGCGAUGAUAUGAUCCACUCUCAUAUUCCUUACAAUGUCAUACUUAUCAAAACUCUUGAGGAUUGGAAAUCAACACACGAGGGAAAACUUCCAUGUAAUUAACAAGAGAAGGAUGAAUUUAGAUCAAUAUUGAAAGGUAAAUCAAGAGAUUUUUCAAAAGAGCUUAAUUUUAAUGAGGCUAUGGACAAGGUAUUUAAGUGUUUCCAAAAGCCAUCUGUGAGAGAUUCAGUUCAGGAUAUUUUUGACGAUCCUAAAAUAGAUGACGUUUCUGAAAAAUCUAACUAUUGGCUUCUUUGCAGAGCAUUGAAAAGGUUCCAUGAAACUCAUGGAGAUUUGCCAUUAACUGGAUCACUUCCAGAUAUGACUUCAACGACUGAUUUCUACCUCACCUUAUAGCGAAUACAUUUAUAAAAAGCUGCAGAAGAUUAAUAAUAGUUUGAGGAGAUACUCUUGCAAGUUUGUAAUGAAGCUCAAGUUUAACCAUCAUAAAUUCAGCCAGAAGAUAUAAAAUAAUUCUGCUUGAACUGUCAAAUCUUAGAAGUCACUAAAUUUGACUCGCCAGAGCAAGAAUUGACAGCUCCUGACUUUGAUGACUUACUAAAUGAAUUAUUUGAUGAUGAAUCAGCUGCUCCUUGGUAUGUUGUGAUUCGAGCAGUAGAAAACUUUAGAGCUAAGAAUUAAAGGCAUCCAGGGCAAUCUGAAGAUUAAUUUGAACCUGAUUUCUUAAGUCUAAGGUAAGAAGUAGAUUCAAUUCUAUCAAAGAUAUCCCCAGAUGGUUCUGCCAAAAUUGAUGAUAAAUACAUAAGAGAAAUUAUAAGGUUCAGCGACUCUUAACUUCACGUGAUUAGUGCAUUUUUAGGAGGAAUAGCAUCUCAAGAAGCUAUUAAGUUGCUAAUUAGCCAGUACACACCUUUUAAUCAUACUCUCAUUUAUGAUGGAAUUCAGCAGAAAUGCCAAGUAAUCAAAGUUUGA